GGCAUUAUAAUGACAGAUAAUCGCCUAUAUCGUGCUGUCAUCAGUAUUAUAAUCCGUCGACAUGUAAACAAAAAUAAAUCUCUGGAUAUAGAUUUAUCGAACAGAAAAUGAGUACCAGCAAGAGUGUGCUGCCUGUAUACAGCAAUAAGACUAAGCCCGAUCAGAAGUCAAGUGAAAUAAAAAUUUUAUGUUUUGACUUAACCCAUUAUAAUGGUACCACCCAGUUUCUGUUGUGCUGUGCUGGAGUCUUUGUGCUCUACAUUAUCUAUGGAUAUCUACAAGAGCUAAUCUUUUCGUUGGAGGAAUUUAAAUCGUUCGGAUGGUUCCUAACGCUCAUUCAAUUUGCGUAUUACACCCUAUUUGGUUAUUUUGAACGCAAACUCGAAGCGGCUAAUAUACAACGACUGAUUCCAAUGAAGACUUAUGCUCUGUUAGCGUUUUUGACUCUGGGCACAAUGGGACUAUCGAAUUCCAGUUUGGGCUAUUUAAACUAUCCCACCCAAGUUAUAUUUAAGUGUUGCAAACUAGUUCCGGUUUUAAUCGGAAGCAUUUUAAUCCAGAAGAAAAAGCAUGGAGCUUUGGACUUUCUGGCCGCAAUUUGUAUGUGUGUUGGUUUGACUUUAUUUACGUUAGUCGACUCUGAACUGUCGCCAAAUUUUAACGCUACGGGAGUAAUUAUGAUUUCGACUGCAUUGCUGUUUGAUGCUGUGAUUGGGAACGUUCAAGAAAAGGCUAUGCGGGAACAUAAAGCAACCACCAAUGAGGUUGUGCUUUAUUCGUAUGGAAUCGGAUUUAUAUAUCUUCUCGUUAUAUUGGUACUAAGUGGCCGUUUCGUGACUGGGCUGCGUUUCUGUGCUACGUAUCCCAUCCAAACGUAUGGUUACGCUUUCCUGUUUAGCUUGUCGGGUUACUUAGGAAUUCAGUUUGUACUGACUCUAGUGAAAACUUGUGGGGCACCAACAGCGGCUGCUGUAACCACCGCAAGGAAAGCCGUUACAAUUGCCAUAUCAUUCUUGCUUUUUACGAAGCCGUUUAGCAUUCAGUAUUUGUGGUCGGGAUUGAUUGUAGUCAUUGGAAUAUAUCUUAAUGUGUACAGUAAACGGAAUAAGAUGACCUUCUCGGAUUGCAUUAAGUUUGUGAUGGGAAUAUUUUGUCUAAAACAGAAGCGUCGUCGAGCUGAUAGUGCGAAAUCGUUGCUAGAUGUCUAACACGAACUACGAUUACUACUAGUUUAGUAUACACAAAAUUCAUGGAACAAAUUUCAUUUUAUAUUUCAAAUUUAUUGUUAUUCGUUGAUAAUUCGUGUCCUAUUUUUUAUUUGUUACGGAUUUUGUUGUCUGUAAAGUCAAAUUAAAUUUUUUUAUUACAAUUCUGUUUAAAAGU